AUGGCGGAUUACGAAUUUGUCAAGAAGAUGGUGCGAUCUGUUGUUCAGUCCAAGAAGGAAGGUGUGUCGAUGAACACCUUCCAUUCCGAGUACCGAUCUCUGUGUGGUGAUUCCAUUCCCCUGGCCAAGUUUGGCUACUCCAGGCUGGAGGAUUUCCUCAGGAGCAUGCCCUCUGUGGUGCGCAUUGACUACCGCAAUGGCGAGUUGAAAUGUUUUGCUGUAGCUUCUAAAGACACCUUCCACAUCGCUGAGCUGGUUGCCAAGCAGAAAAGCUCCAAAAAAUCUGGUCACUCCCAAGUUGUCAACUGCAAGAUGAGAUUCAAACCCUUCAACCCCUACAUGGUCAACGAGGUGCCUCCACGCCAAUUCUCCACACCCAACAAGUCACCGGCGAAGCAGUAUGAUGAGGCCUUGGUGAAGAGCAGAGUAACUCAGCUUCUCAAGAAAUACUCCAGUGGGGUGUGGAUGUCAAAAGUGGCAGACCUGUACAGUGAAAUGUUCAAUCAGAAACUCCAGCCUCAGGCGCUCACAGACAUGGAGCAGUGGACAAACAUCUGCACGAUCGAUUCAAAUUCCAAUCGAAAUGACCGGCUGCUUUACCCUCCGCUGCCUCCCAAGCCCUCCGGUCCCCAUUCCUAUCGCACCACCAACACCUCGUCAGUGUCGCCUGUCAGUUUUGGGACCGUCACUCCUCCUUCAUCCCCCUCCUCUCUCGAGGAGAGGCCACCUGGCUUUGAUGCGACCACUCCGAAAAAGUCCUUCUUGGCCAAGCCCACUUUCAUAUAUCCUCCACAGCCUGCAGUUGAUGCCAAUUCCAACACGGUCUCAUCCUCGGUCACAUCACAAAUCCCUGCUCCCAGAGUGCCACCGCGUGUCCAGCCGGGACAUGACAGCAACAACAACCUGCCUGGAAGUGCCGUCAGCCACAAGAGAAAAGCCUGGCAAUUAUCUCCAACUUGGACCACAGUUGGCGACACUUCACAGGGGUCAAAGGUUGGAUUGUCUCCACCGACCAGUUCUUUCCCUGCUCCACCCCUGGCCGUGCCUCCAGAGGUGCGUCGGAGGAUCGAGGACCUCCUCUCCAAGUACAGCAUGGGUCUCUGGGCCCACGCUUUGCCGAAGCUGUUUAUGGACACGUACAAGAUGCCGUUCCCCGACUAUAUCAUGGACAACUUGUCCCUGUUGCUUCAUUUCUGCUGUGUGGAGUACACUUCACCACACGACAAGAAGAAGGCCAUCCUGUACAAGUUAAACCAAGAAGACAACCAGGACAUCCAGCCAAACAGAAGCCACCUUCUUCCCUCUGGUCUCGAGGUCAUUGCUCCCGUCGUUCCUCCGAAGCUGGUUCUGCCCUCAGAGCAGUUCCCGUCAGUGCUGGUGACCGAGGCCAAGAGCAGCAACGCCGUGACCAUAAGGUACGUGGGUAUAAACUACUCCGACGCCCAGGAAGCCAUGGAGGACAGGAUGGCCGCCUUCUACAGCCAAACCUCCCCGUUGAACACGCUGACCAACCCCACCGUGGGUCAGCUGGUCGCGGUCCGAGGAGGCGAGGGAGCAAAAGAGCUGGCCAGAGCGCAGGUCCUGGAAAUUAUCAGCUCCAGCAAGGUCAAGGUGUACUACAUGGACUAUGGCUUCUCUUUGGAGACCAGCACGUCCAGUCUGCUGAAGCUGCACCAAGACUUUACGUCUCUGCCCUUUCAAGCCACCAACGUCAGACUGGCAGGCCUGGAGGCUUUCAGCACUGAUCUUUCGGUGCUGUCGUCCCUGGAAAAGAUGGCUCUUGAAAAGAUCCUGCUGAUGGAAACGCUGCAGCAUCCUGAACAGGACAAGAUGCCUUUGGUGGUGCUCUAUGAUACGUCACAGGAUGAAGACGUCAACAUCAACUCCUGCUGUCUGGAAGCACUGCAGGACGACACCAUGAACAACCCACUGCAGGUGGGCGGCACCUAUCCAGACGUGCGUGUCACUAAUGUGUGUGAAGAUGGCAUCGUCUAUUGCCAGCUGCCGUCUCGAGGGAUGACAAGACUGAGCACCUUACUGGACUCAACCGAGGGUUUCUUCACCUCCCAGAUGACGUCGGAGUACCUCGUGUCCAAACCCUUCACUUGCAAGUUUUGUUUGGCGCACUACAAGGGAAGUUGGCUUUAUCCUCAGAUCAUCAACAUGUACGGCAACAGAGUGGUCAAGAUUUUCUGCCUUGACAUUGGUGUUUCAGCGGCUGUUGAAAUCACAGAUCUCCGGGAGAUCCCCUCCGUUUUCCUCAAACGAAUGACUGUCAUCCCUCCACAAGCCGUUCAGUGUCGCCUGGCUGACCUGCCGGUUCCAGGCGGCGAGUGGACCCCGGAGGCCGUCAAGCGGGUGAAAGAGGCGGUUCAGACCUCCAAAGACUGUAAAAUGAAGGUCCUGAAACUAGACCAGCACAAAGGGGAGAAGCUGGUCUACAUGUACCUGUUCAUUGGCGUCAACAGUCAGGAGCUGCGCAACAGCGUCAACCAUCAGCUGGCCAAAUCCCAGUUGUGGAAAAACCUCAUAAUACAGAACAACAACAAUACCAUCAACAGCAUGAACACAGGCGCCUUUGACCGAGGGGACAACAUGACUUCGAGCAGCUGCAUCCAACCCCCUGAAGUCAAGAUCUCCGCACAAAAACCUCCACUGGAGCUCCCCCAGCCUGGUCACAACAUGGACGUGUUUGUGCCAGUGGCCUGCCACCCCGGUUACUUCGUGGUGCAGCGAUGGAGACCUUCGAAAGCUGACCAUGUGACGGGAGACAUGAUGCUUUAUUAUGACCAUGGAGAGGAGCAACGCCGCCAUGACCUGAGGAAAGGAGAGGUCUAUGCUGCCAAAAUAGACAAAGGUCGUUGGCACCGCGUGCAGGUGAAAGGGAUUCUGGCCAACGGUCUGGUUUCUGUUUAUGAACUGGACCACGGUAAACACGAGCUGGUCCGCAACACAGUCAUCCAGCCUCUGAUGGAGGACUUCAGGCAGCUCCCCUUCCAGGCCAUUGCUGCACAGCUGGCAGGAGUGAAGCAUGGCCAGUGGUCGGAGGAAAGCUCCAUGCUCUUCAGGAACAACGUGGAGAAUCGAGCGCUGGUCGCUCAGGUGGAAAGCGUGCGGAGAUCGAAGGUCAAAGGUGUCCCGUGGGAGCGCAGGCUGAAGGUCUACCUGGUCAACACCUCACUGGAAGACGAGGACCUCUGGAUUCACAGCAUCAUGGCUGACAUCAAGCACUGA